CAGCAGGCAAUCAAGCUGCUAAAUUAGUAUAUAUUAAAUAUACUGAUAAUACAGGAAGAACUAUUCAAAACUGGGCUAAAUAUUGGCUUGAAAAUAAUAGUUUGCAAAUAUCUAAACAAAGCAAACAUAAAAAAAUUAUUUCAAAAAUUGAUGAUGAAAAUGUAGUUAAAGAAAGAAAAGAAUUUAUUAAAACUAUGGAUAAGCUUAAACCUUUUAUAGCUAAUUUUGAAGGAGAAAAUUUAGAAAUUAUUACUUAUCCAGAAUUAAAUGAAAAUCAAAAAAGAAAAAUAAUCAUUGUUCAUGAUGAAAUGUCAGCUAGAUCUACUGAUGGUUAUUCACAUCUAUGGCAACUAUUUGAAGAUUUUGAAGUUCCU